CAGCUGAGCUAGGCAGGAAAGGGAAGUUCAACCAGUCCACUCUACACUUCUCCAUUAAAACCACCUCUUUGGUCAACCAACCAAGCAAACCUAUCUAUCUGCAACAUAUUCAUGUUUAAAUCUUGUAAAGAUUGUAAAUUUAUCAAAAUCGAGCUAUAAACCCAUAUGGGUUCGUUUCUGAUUGUCCAUUCUCUGCUUAUUUUCCUACUCUUUCUCCUUUCUACCGCUCUCUGCAACCUUGACCAUACCCAUUACGCCAAAGAGAUUUUCCAGGCAGCCAAACGGGAAAAGGACUGGUUAGUCUCAAUUAGAAGGCAAAUCCAUGAAAACCCAGAACUCAAAUUCGAAGAGCACAACACCAGUGCUCUUAUUCGAAGAGAACUCGACAAACUUGGCGUCUCUUACUCAUACCCAUUUGCCCAAACCGGCAUUGUUGCUGAGAUUGGCACUGGUUCUCCCCCAGUUGUGGCUCUUCGCGCUGACAUGGACGCCCUCCCUUUAAAAGAGCUUGUUGAAUGGGAGCAUAAGAGUAAGAUAGAUGGUAAGAUGCAUGGAUGUGGUCAUGAUGCCCACACAACAAUGCUUCUUGGUGCAGCUAAGUUGCUAAGCCAACGGAAAGAGAAACUUCAGGGAACUGUGAGACUUCUUUUUCAACCUGGUGAAGAGGGUGGUGCUGGUGCAUCACACAUGGUGAAAGAAGGUGCUCUUGGUGUUGCUGAAGCAAUAUUUGCAAUGCACGUAGAUUUCACAUCACCAACUGGAACCAUAGGAUCCAAGUCAGGACCUCUCUUAGCUGCUGUUAGCUCAUUUGAAGCAAAAAUAGUAGGAAAAGGAGGUCAUGCUGCCGAACCCCAUCAAAAUAUAGAUCCGAUCAUCGCUGUUUCGUUUUCAAUUUUGGCAUUACAGCAGCUUGUGUCAAGGGAAAUUGACCCCCUCAGCAGUCAGGUUCUAUCGGUCACUUAUGUCAGUGGUGGGACUGUAAACAAUGCAAGUCCAUCUUAUGUUGAAUUCGGAGGUACACUCAGAAGCCUCACAACUGAUGGCUUGCACCAACUCAUUCACCGAUUAAAGGAGGUUAUUCAAGGGCAGGCAGCGGUGCAUAGAUGCACCGCAUAUGUCAGCACGAGAGAAGAAGAACAUCCAUUGUUACCAGCUGUUGUGAACGAUGAACGGCUGCAUAAACAUGUGAAGAGAGUUGGAAGCCUUUUGCUCGGUCCUCAGAAUGUGAAGGUUGACAAGAAGGUGAUGGCGGGUGAGGAUUUCGCCUUCUAUCAGGAAGCAAUUCCGGGAAGCAUGUUUAGCAUUGGAAUCAGAAAUGAGGAAGUGGGAUCGAUACACUCGCCUCAUUCCCCUUACUUCUUUCUUGAUGAAGAAGUUCUUCCAGUUGGAGCUGCAUUGCAUACUGCUUUGGCUGAGCUUUAUUUGAGUGAGCACCUAUAGUAACUAUUUCAGUUAGAUUUGUUUUGAGUUAGAAAAAACUGAGGUUCCUUGUCUUUGAUUUUUAAUGAUGUGUCUUCUUACAAUAAUUAUAUAUAUUUAUAUAAUACAGUUAGUAUUUAUAGCUA